AUGUCUUUGUCAAAAAAGAGAAAAGUAGACACAGAGUGUAAAGUUUUCCAAGAAAAAUGGACAAUAUUAUUCACAGAGGUGAAUAUGAAACCUGUGUGCUUGUUGUGUACAAAACAAGUUUCAGUGCUCAAGGAAUAUAACAUUCGGCGCCACUAUGAGACUCAUCAUGGCGAAAAAUACAACAGCUUGCAAGGACAACUGAGAAGAGAGAAGAUAAAUGAAUUGUUAGCGGGUCUGAAGAAACGGCAAUCUGUUUUUACCCGUAGCCGAGAGGUCAGUGAUGCAGCAGUGAAAGCUAGCUACGUUAUUGCUAGCGAAAUAGCGUUAGCAUCAAAGCCAUAUUGUGAGGUUGAGUUCGUGAAAACAUGCAUUCUGAAGGCUGCAGAAAUUGUGUGCCCUGAGAAGCGACAGGCUUUUACCAACAUUAGCCUGACGAGGAACACUGUGGCAGAUAGGAUUUCAGAUCUUUCGUCAGAUGUGGAAGGCCAAAUGAAGCACGCAGUCAAGUCAUUUGUUGCAUUUUCGGUAGCAAUUGAUGAGAGCACUGACAUUACAGAUGUUGCUCAACUGGCCAUAUUCAUUUGUGGUGUUGAUGAGACUUUGACAGUCACCGUCACCGAGUUCCUUGAGUUGGUGCCGUUCACGGACACCACAACAGCGGAUUACAUUUUCAGCUCUCUCAUUGGAGCGCUGGACAGGGUCGGAGUGGACUGGUCAAUGAUCGGGAAAAAAGCAGGUGUUGUGACAAAAUUCUGA